UGACAGUCCAUGCACAUCUCUAAAUUAUUUUCAUAGCAUUAACAACAGAAAUUCCAUUGAUGGCCGAUUUUCAAGAGCAAUUGAUAAAAUACCGAAAACAAAAGCAAAAAAGAGAAUUAUUAAAUAACUUUAAAUCGAAAAUUAAAAAAUUUUGGAUGCUAGGCACGGGUGAAGACCAAGUUCAGGGAAAAUGUCAAACAUCUAUCGACAUUAAGCCAAUCAAAACCGUGUAUGCUGAAUCUUCUAAAGUCAAUGAAACGAUUGAUGAAUACGUCUCAUCAAGUGAGGAUGAUCAAUUGUCAGAGGAAAACCUGAACACGAACGUCGGCAACGAGAGUAAAUGUUUGAAAUACACACUUUGGACUGUAUAUUUUCUGUUUUGGGUUACAUUGUACGUGAUAGCAAUUGAGCUAAAGUUUGGGAUGGUCUUUUUAAUGUUAUCUGCAUUAUUUGGAAUAUAUUUCAACACAAGAACUGGCCCAAAGAAAUCCAAUGAAAUAAGUGCCUACAGUAUUUUUAACAAAAAUUGUGAAAGUAUAGACGGCACGCUGAAGGCGGAACAAUUUGAAAACGAAAUUCGCUACGGCUUUGGGAGUGUGCGAUAAUAUCCCCUCUCGGAGCCCAAAUCUACAUAAUUAGCAUUAAAACCUUCUUAGAUUGGCGAUUAUUGAUUGGAAUUUCCAUUAAUUCAAAAACGAUCACCUAAUCAAAAGAAUAAAAAAACGACAUGUGACUAAAUGUUAAAAAUGCAGUUUUGACAGCCGCAUCAACAAAAUAACAACAUUUACAUUUACCGAAGUUUAUUGGAGAUAUUCAAAAUACAAAUGUACAUUUGUAUAAUGGUUUUGUGCAAAUGCAACAGGCAUAAGGAUCGAUCUAACCAUUUCUGGCUGUCCCCAUGUACGAAUGCUUCGAUCUGAGAACCUGUAAGACCUAUAUAUGUAUAUAUAUAUAUAUAUAUGUAUAUGAACGUCGAAAUCUUCUAAGGUUUCAAGAAAGCCUGUUUUAAAGAGCUAGUACAUAAAAAUCAAGUAUCUAUAAUUUUAUAGCUAUCGCAAAUCCUUCGGUUCCACCCCAUAGCUAUAUAUAAAAUUAAAAAACAAUUGGAAUUACCCAACAAUGUAUGCCCUCAUUAUAUAUUAACAGAUCACUUGUUUGCGGCAGCUAGCGAAAAUAGCAAAUGGAUACAAACAUUUCAUA